CAUUCUUGCUUCAAAUCCCACUCCUCUUUCCAUACUGAUCUUCGAUCCCAAUCCCAACAAUUCAAAUUGAAUUCAUUUUUGCGCCUUAAGAAAACCCAGAAAAGGAAAUUCAAGAAUCCGCCAUGGCAGCACCUGCGUGCAAGAAUUCUGGUUCCCCGAAUUUUAGCCGGCAAAAACCUAAUGCAAGGAGUUCGGAGCUUAACAACACCAUGAGGCGGAGCUUCACGGGAAAUCCAUUCUCCAAUAGGCCUUCUGUUGUCACGAAUCCUCGAGGGUUUAACCCUAACACUCCUGCUAACAGUCCUUCAGAUUUUCCUAGAAGACAUUCCAUGGGAAGAGAAAGUUUAACUUCUAUGCAUGAUUAUGAGGACAAGGAAAAUGGCAAAGAUCAGGGCCUAAAAUUGGGGAGAGUGAGAUCACCAGCUCCUUCAAAGGGUACCAAGAAUUUCAUGUCACCUACAAUCUCUGCAGCUUCAAAGAUCACAGUAUCACCAAGGAAGAAAAUAUUGUCUGAGAGAAACGAGCCGGUUCGAUCUUCUGUUUCAUUUUCUGAUGUAAGAAGCCUAAUCAUGGAAGAUAGCGGCAAGACAGCUCCCAAGAUUGAUGUGAAGCAGGAUAAGAAUGAGGAUUUAAAUGAUUCUUUGAUCAUGGAUGGACACAAGGAAUUGUUGAAAAGGGAUGCAGAUGAUGAUUCUAGGGUGUCCAAAAAUGAUUCUGAAUCAUUAUCAGAAUCCAUCACUGAUGACAAGGAUUUUGUCAAUGUGGAUCCAAGUUUUGAGAUUAGUCCUAGAGUGUCAUUUUCGCCUCCUUGUCCUACCCUUGCACCACUUGAUGCAGAUCCGUUGAUGCCCCCAUAUGACCCUAAAACCAACUACCUUUCUCCAAGGCCUCAGUUCCUUCAUUACCGACCAAACCCACGAAUUGAGCGCUACCGAGGAAGAGGAGGCAGGCAGCUGGAGGAGAGUUUUCAGUCUGAAAGUUUCUCUGAAACUGAAUUCACUGAAGAAACUCAGUCUGAGGAUUCACAGAGAGAAUCAGAGGAAGCUGCUUCAAGUGAAAUGAUCAAAGAAGAAGAGGAGAAGGAUCUUCUUGUGUCUGAACCAAAGCCAUCCAUUGGGAUGGAUAUGGUUGAGAAGAGUGUCAAGGCUAAAGUGGUGUCUAAGCCACAUUUCUUUACAAGAUCAAACCUCAUCACUUUGCUUCUGGUUCUGGCUAUGGCUUAUUUCUCAAUUUCAGCCUCUGAUUCUUCAGCAUUUGCUCCUUCUAUGUUCAAUGAUUGGAAUCCCUCUAAAAUUCGUGUCCCAUUUGAAGUAAUAGAUUCUGUUAGAGCUAACUUUAAUGAGUUAGCUCAAAAUCUUCGGCAAUGGUCAGCUGACACUUUGUCUUAUAUCCUCAAAAUGGUAUCCAGUUUAAGUAAGGUGCCCAAACUUGGUCAGUUGCCGUAUGCUAAUUUGAGUAGUGUGCUUGAGGAUCAGAUGGGUGAUGGUUACCUUGUAUUUGAUCAAAGUGUAUUGAAGCCUAUCCAGAAGAAAGAAGUUAUAAAUGAAGCACUGGAUGAAAAGUAUGAUGGAGAGAUUGAAGCAGAUGAGAUUGAUGAGGAAGAGGCUGCAGAAGAAGACAAUGAACCUGGAUUUGAAGACCGAGAAGAUCAAGAGGUUGAAGCCCAUGAAAACUUUGAAGUGGCUUCAGAGGAAGAAUCUGAGAAUGUGUACCAGGGGAUUGAGGCUGAGGUGAUCAAACCGGAUAAUUUAGAAGCUGAUCACAGUGGAGGAGUAGGAACCGAGUUUGCUGCCGAUGUUGAUAUUGGACCUCAAAGUAGCGUGGACCUUGGGGGUCAGGAAGGCCUAAUUCCGAGGGCUACCAAAAUUCAACCAGCAGAAUCCAAACCUGAGGAGCCUGGAACUGUGUCUGCUCAAGUUGAAGUCGGGCCUGACAACCCUGAGAUGGAAGCUUCUAGGCAAAAUUCACCAGAAAUGGACCUCCAAACCACCACUAGAAGUUCAGAAGCAGAAUCGUCUAGGCAAACAAUGAAAGCCUCAGUAGACAAACUAUCAACACACAAUCUGCUUGGCAUUUCUUUGCUUGUGUUGUGUCUGCUUGCAAGUGUAGCUCUCAUCUAUAAAAAGAAAGGACAACCCUCUGUGCCAAAAGCUGCAGUUCCUGUAGAACAACCAGUUCUAGCAAAGAAACCUGAUCACUGUCCAGCAUCGGUUAGUGUGGAGCAUACCUAUGAAAGGCUGUCUUCGAGGAAUUGGGAGACAGAAGUUGACAUGGUUAAUGAGUAUUGCCCAUCAGAAAUGAGUAGCUAUGGAAAUAGUGCAUCAUAUAACAUGAAGAAAGGACAUAAGGAAGCUUCAGGUGAAGCUCAGAGCCAAAAAACAAAGCCCAAGAAGAAUUAUAAGAGAGAAUCUCUGGCUUCAUCAGAUUGCUCAAUGGGUUCACCUUCUUAUGGCAGUUUCACCACCUAUGAGAAGAUUCCUAGCAAGCAUGGAGUUGAAGAGAUUGUCACCCCCGUUAGACGGUCAAGCAGGAUCAGAGGCCAAGCAACUUCUUCACCAUGACUGAAGAAAUUCUAAUUCUAUAUUGUCACUCACCAUUGCAGGGCUCCGCAAUUCUAUGUGAGUGAUGGAACCACUUUGAUUGUAUGCUGACAUAGAUUAGUUUGAUUGUAAUUUGAACACCCUUGUUAUUUGAUGUCCAUCUCUACUUUCUAAUGAUAAAUUACUUUCCUCUAGGACAUAACGUUUCUUAGCUUGUAUAAAUGUUACAAUGCUUC